GCCCGAAGCAGAGAGCACAGGGGUGGGGUGGACGUCGAGAGCCUUGGGAUGAGACGGCGGCGGCUUGGUCUGUAGCCUGGGCGGGGCAGGGACGCAGGCCGGACCCGUUGGCACUCGAGCCCCGGGCGUCUAGAUGCCCAAACAGAGGCGACCGCGGGCUCGACCUCUCUGCAUCUUUGUCCCUGGGCACCCUGGCCGUCUGCCCUUGGUCCUUAGCCGGCCAUGCCAUCCCCCGCACCUCCCACUGUGCUGCUGCCGUGGGAGCGCGCCGUGGUACUGCUGUCGUGCGUGCUGUCAGCGCUGGGCUCGGGCCUCUUGGUGGUCACGCACGCCCUGUGGCCUGACCUGCGUAGCCGGGCACGGCGCCUGCUACUCUUCCUGUCGCUAGCGGACCUGCUCUCGGCUGCCUCGUACUUCUACGGGGUGCUGCAGGACUUUGCGGGGCCUUCGUGGGACUGCGUGCUGCAGGGCGCGCUCUCUACUUUCGCCAACACCAGCUCCUUCUUCUGGACGGUGGCCAUCGCUCUCUACCUGUACCUCAGCAUCGUCCGAGAUGCGCGCGGGCCCAGCACGGACCAUCUGCUCUGGGCUUUUCAUCUCAUCAGCUGGGGUGUCCCGCUGGCCAUCACAGUGGCCGCUGUCUCUCUGAAGAAGAUAGGCUACGAUGCCUCCGACGUGUCCGUGGGCUGGUGCUGGGUGAACCUGGAGGCUGAGGACCGUGUCAUGUGGAUGCUCCUGACUGGGAAGCUGUGGGAGAUGCUGGCUUAUGUCUUAUUGCCUCUACUGUACCUUCUGGUCAGAAAACACAUCAACAGAGCGCACCAGGCCCUCUCCGAGUACCGGCCCAUCUGUGAGGCACGCCAGCUGCAGCGAGGCUCCUCCACCUCCAUGGCUGAUAAGAAACUGAUCCUGAUUCCGCUCAUAUUCAUUUGUCUCCGGGUCUGGAGCACCGUGCGUUUCGUCCUGACCCUCUGCGGCUCCCCAGCUGUCAAGUCUCCUGUGCUGGUUGUUUUGCACGGCAUUGGGAACACUUUCCAGGGAGGGGCCAACUGCAUCAUGUUCGCCCUCUGCACCCGCGCAGUCCGCACAAGGCUCUUGUCUCUCUUCUGUUGCCGCUGCUGUCCUCAGCCCUCGACCCAGAACCCUCUUGGGGCUCCUGCUCCCCCCAAGAUGAGAGAAUCUCAGGAAUCCAGACGGACUCCGGAAGUUCCCAGCACCUGAUUGGUGGACUUCUCUCCUUGUUCUCACCGGUGCUGCCUUCCUGGUUCCUGCUGCUGCCCCGCCAGAUACAGGGUCGCGCACCGGAAGCCUUGACCAGGGAAGCUCCGCCCCGCGAAAGAAUGGCGUCAGGGCAGCCUCUUCUACCUCCUCGCCUCUCAGGGCUGCUGUGCGUUCUCUGCACACCCGUGUCCUGGUUCAGUGGGGUUUGUUUGUAUAAGCCCAAAGAUGGGGGAUGCAGGGAAGCCAGCAAUGCAGGAUCCCGCCAGGGCACCGGUUCUCAGUGUCCUGAAGCCACCAGCACUGUUUACAGUUUGAGGGACCCAUACCUAUGGACCCCUUGGAGAGAUGCACCCCGACCCAGACAUCACAGUAUGGGAUCCAGGUUUGCCACGGUGUUGAGAUUCGCAGAGAACCUGGAGAAGUUAGAGCUCAACAGCAGAGCCAUUUCCCUUAAACCAGGUCCCAAGUCCGCUACGUCAUUGACCCAAACCACCCAGGCACACAGUCAUGGGCAUCUCACGGAUUCUCUGCUUGGCUCAUCAACCCUCAAUAUUUAUUGCAUUUGAAUUUCAGCACAGGCCAGAGUCCAGAGUCCUGCCCAUGAGUCAAUCACACAACACUCAGGUCCUUUCUGGGACCAAGACAGAAGGCAGCUCAGCUCCAGUCCCUAAGGACGACAUACGGUUUCUACCUGCUGUUUUCAUGAAACUUUUGUUCUCAGUGAUUAUUACAGGGGUGAGUCAGGAGGGUGUCUGGCUUGGCGCCUUGUUUAGUUAGUUUUGGUUUGCUUGUUUGGUUGUUUUGUUCUGUGGUCAGGGGGUUGGUGAAUGGUCCAAACACUGACUCCUCCCACUGUGCUUCCAUGUUGGUCCCUGUACCAAAAAUAUUUAAAAAGCUUUUUUUCUUGGUAGUUAUUUAUGGGAUAUAGAAAGAGGAUUCUGAGGUGAUUACAUUUUGUUUAAUUUAUUUGAGAUAGGGUCUUAUUAUAUAGCCCUGGCUGGUCUGGAACUUGCUGUCUAGACCAAGCUGGCCUCGAACUCACAGAGGUCCACUUGCCUCUGCCUCCCGAUAAUUACAUUUUUUAAAAAAGGUUUUGUUUGUUUUGUUUUGUGCUUCCUGUACUAGGGUUCUGCCACUGGGUUCUACCCCAAGCCUUCCUUUUGUUCCUUUUGUUUUGAGCAGAGUCUCACUAAGUUGCCUCGACUGGCCUUGAACUCUCUGUCAGCCAGGCUAGACUUGAACUUGCGUGUUUUCCCUACCUCAACCUCCCAGAAAGCUAGUACUAAAGCCUCGGGGCAGCGUGCCCAACCAAAGAAGGGAGUAAGAGAGCUGUGUUUCCGCCUCCACUCAGCGGCUCUUCUAGCAAGCCUUCCCUCAUUUCAGAGAGCUAGGUACUCCGCGUCUCAGGCCCGCCACCUUGCAGGCAAGUCGAGGAAAUGUUCUACUAUGCCUGUAGACAGUGCCCUUGGAUUCUGUCCGUACCCCACAAAGCAGAGCGGAUUCACAGAGCCUGGUAAAGGGGCUGAGGCUGAGGAGGACAGAGCCACACUGGGCCGUUGAUUCCCAUUUUGUUCUCAAACAACAUCUCUCUCAGAAAAGGACUCGUCAGAGGACAGUGUCCACAUGCUCCUUUUCUGGUUUCCUUGGGAAGUGUUUCUUUAGGAAAAUCUACACGAGGUGGGUUCCCUCAUGGGCAUCAAAGAAAGCUCCUCAGCGGGGGGCUGUCUGUUUACAGACACAGCCUAUGUCAGGCACAGGGCCUGCUGAGGUCCUGGGAAGACAUUACAGCCGAUUGUGCGCUGUCAGCAUGCUGCCAGUCAUGGUCUCCUGGCUUCUAAAAUGGAGCGGAAAUUCUAGAAACUGUUUCCUGCAGAGGAGAAAAUGAUCUACAGAAUACCAGAGAGGAAAUGAUGUGGGAACAAACCCAGCUGGGCAGGGCUUUGGGGAGCCCUGGCUGUUGGAGAUCCAGGAGCCGGGGGCUCACUCGAGCUCUCUCUGAUGACUGAUGCCAUCGGCCAGGAUUGCUGUCUGUAAGUCCCUCCGCAAAAUAAACACUUUGGCUCUUUCCACCUGUUUCCCACGCUGCCCUGCUGCUGCAGGGGAAUGGCGGCGACCCCAGGCUGGGUGCCUUGCCUCUAGCCCUGUGAGCGCACAGGCUGAUCUCAACCUUAGCUCUUCUCAGAGCUGGUGACCAAGUGGUUUCAGAACUGAAGACAAAAGGAAGGUGAGCCUUCAGUGAGCCCCAGGAGGAGGCCCUAGAGGCUGCCAGCUCCCAUUACGCCUUGUUCAGCCUGGUGGCUUUUUAUCCUGGUGGCUUUUUAUCUCUUAGUUGGCGAUACUCGUAUUUAUCUCCCCAUGCCCCUUGGUCACUGAAAUGUGACCUCAGCCUUAAUGGGAGCUACAGCCUUUGCUCCCCCAUCUUCAGCACUUUGUGGUUCUUGUUCUCCCAAUCAGUUGUCAGCUGUUUCCUGCCUCUGUCCGUCUGGACAUACACACAGAGACACACAGACACACAUUAGUUUUGGAGACACCAGGGGAUUAAACCUUAGCCCUUGUGCAAACUAGACAAGUGUUUAGCAUUUAGCUAUUCCCUCGGUCCUUUUAUUUUCUGUAUUUUGAAGCAAGGGAUUCUCACUAGUUGUCCAGGCAGGCCUUGAACUUGAGAGCCUCCGAGAUUCUUCUGUCUCAGUUUCACGGUUUCUGGAAUUACAGACCCGUGCCUUGGUUUCCCGGCUGCCCAGACCAGAAUAAUCACACAGAAAAGCCAGGAAAUGAAUGAGCAGUCUCUGUUUACACAGGCCUCUGCCACCAAACUCAGCCAACUUUCGGAAGCCUCGGUUCGUUCUUUCUGUCUCUCUCUUAAAAGAAUAAAGGAAACCCUUCAUUUGUC